GAAGCGAUGCUGCACGAAACACAUUUUGCUUAGAUCACGGGGUACCCAUCAUAUAAGACCACAAGAUGGAAGUGUUUGGUCAGCAAACUUGAUGACAGUAGUGUGAAUCGCCAACAUCAUCUAUAUCUCGUAUGGAGCCAGCUUUCCUAAGCCAGGCGGCUGCCAUCAAGUCUACUCGUCGCUAUCGCCCUCUGAAACUAGGAAAAGCCAUCUUCCCCGAAGACAUCGAAUGGGACUAUCUCCCCGAAGGACACCACCCCGUCGACCUGGGCGACGAGAUCGAGAACAAAUAUGAAAACGACAUCUACACUGUCUUGCAAAAGCUCAGCCACAGCGUCAACUGCUCUGUCUGGGCCGUCAAGUGGAGGCCCAAGGACCCUACCGUGAACACCGCUCCUAAACCCAAAUACCACGCCCUGAAGAUCUACCGCGCCAACAUUCUCCAGAUUUGGGGCGGCCACCAGGGAAGAAUGCUCCAUCUUCUUGACCAGGAGCCCGGUAGCGGUCAUCCAAACAUCAUCCAGAAGGAGGACUUCUUCUACCAUACCGGUCCCAAUGGCACCCAUCUCUGUCUGGUCUUUCCACUGCUUGGGCCGACCCUCGCGAAUGUGGUCAUGGACCGCUUGUCGGCUGCCACGCGGCACAGUGUGUGUCAACAGCUUGCGAGCGCAGUUGCUUACAUGCAGAGUCGGUAUAUGUGCCACGGCAGACUCAUGCCGGAGAACGUGGCAUUCGAAAUCCCCGGACUUGAGUCCAUGUCCGAACGAGAGCUCGAGGACAAGCUUCUCGGCGUGGGAAUCUACGAAGAACUGCAAGAGAUUGACGGCUCCCGCCCCAAGCACGGCCCGAGAAGGGUGUACCAGCCGUGCCAGGGCUGGCAUGGCCUGGACCACUCCCAGCUCACCACUGUCCGGAUCAUCGACUUCGGCGGUGCUUUCUGCCUGAGAAGUGAUGAAGGCGACCCGCCGCCUGACCCAAAGUACACAGUCCACUUCUCCCCGCCAGAGUACUGCUUUCAGUAUCCCCUUUCGCGCGGGGCCGACACGUGGCAGCUCGCAAUGCUCAUCUUUAUGAUCCACACCGGUGUCUCCCCCUUUUAUUACAUGGGGUCCUCGGAGAGCUACGAGCUCCUGAUCAGCGUGAUCGCCGCCUAUCUCGGCCCGGCACCGCAGGACUGGCGGAACCGGUUCCUGCACCGCAAGUACGGGACCAGGGACGCCGAGACGGGAGAACUGUCCCCCCGCGAGGCUCAUCCGGCGGAGUGGUUUGACCUUUCGAGGAAGCAGGUUACGCUGUCGUUCCAGAGGGAGCUUGCGUUACGGGCGCCGCAUCUAAAUCGGAGGCAGCGGGAGAAACUCGAGAAGUUGCUCCUCAUGAUGAUGGCUUGGCGGCCGGAUGUUCGGAUUAGCGCACGCGAAGUGCUCGUUCAUCUUCUCGAAAUUAAGAGACUGAGCGCCUCAGCGGAUGGGGAUGAAGCUGAGAGCAGGUAGAUGGAGGCUGAGGUUGAGGGAUCUAGUCUUUGACUUGUUUAUAAGUCAUGAUAUAUCUUGACCACUGUCCAGUCUGUAUACUAGG